UCCUCGAAUACCCCUGCCACUGUUGUUGUUUACCGCUGUAAAGACAACAGGUUUGUUGGACGCCGCCGUAUUUCGCGUGCGAUUAACAAGCGAAUCAUUGUGAAAAACUUACCUUUCGAGUAUUUACGAGAGAUUGAUUACCUUGGACUGUCGACAUUCAAAUUGAGAAUGGAGGAUAAAGAAUGUCGAGACCGUGGGUACUUCCUGGUGAAGACAAUCGCAACCGGGAAGUUUGGUGACAUCAAGCUGGCUACCGCCGAGGACUCCUUGAGAUUGUCGUUCAAAAUGAGGCUAUUGGUACUAGGCUUUUACGGAACUCCCAAACACAUGCAGGUUGCAGUGAAAAUCUACAACAAGGGAAAGCCAAAUUACGAACUCUUCAAGAGGGAGGCGGACAUGCUGCGGGAGCUCAACCACUGUAAUGUGAUGAGCGUAUACGAUUUCUUUAACACAAUCGACCGCACCUAUCUGGUGAUGGAGUAUUGUGGAAUGAACGGGAGGCUGGGGGAGUUCAUCCAGCAGUACCGGGCGGGUAGAGGCGUGGGUCUAGCCGAGAAAGUCGUGCGGCACUUCACUCAUCAGUUGGUGGACGGAAUGAAGUACGUUCACAAGUGUGGCAUCGUGCACAGGUUAGUAUGCGUUUCCAUUCUGUCAUAGCGUUGUUAGUUUACAGCUUUCCUCUGU